CCUUCCGCUCAGAUUCUCGCUGUACUUCCGGUCAGCGAGGCCUCGUCCCUCCUCUGGGUUACCGGGUCUCCUGCCCCUGGCCCCUCAGGUCUUCCUGGAGCCGCGCCGGCACCUCCGUGCGUCUCUCCGGAAGCCCGCACUCGCUCCUCGUCGCAGGCUUCGCUGAGGAUCGCGAGCCGGUAGGGGCUGGGCCUGCCGCGCGCUUCCGUUGAGGCCGCCGCGCUGCCGGGAUGCCGCGGCUGGGGUCGGCGCCGCUCUGGGCGGCCGCCGCGGGCCGUUGGGGUUGCAGGCUGCUUGCUCUACUGCUGCUACUGCCGGCUCCGAGCGGCGGCUCCGAGAUCACCUUCGAGCUGCCCGAUAAUGCCAAGCAGUGCUUCUACGAGGACAUCACUCAGGGCACCAAGUGCACCCUGGAGUUCCAGGUGAUUACUGGUGGUCACUAUGACGUAGAUUGUCGAUUGGAAGAUCCUGAUGGUAAAGUGUUAUACAAGGAGAUGAAGAAACAGUAUGAUAGUUUCACCUUCACAGCCUCCAAAAAUGGGACAUACAAAUUUUGCUUCAGCAAUGAGUUUUCUACUUUCACCCACAAAACAGUGUAUUUCGAUUUUCAAGUUGGAGAAGACCCACCUUUGUUUCCCAGUGAGAACCGAGUCAGUGCCCUUACCCAGAUGGAAUCCGCCUGUGUUUCCAUUCACGAAGCUCUCAAGUCCGUCAUUGACUAUCAGACACAUUUCCGGCUACGGGAAGCUCAAGGCCGAAGCAGAGCAGAGGAUCUGAAUACAAGAGUGGCCUAUUGGUCGGUGGGAGAAGCCCUCAUCCUGCUGGUGGUUAGCAUAGGGCAGGUGUUUCUUCUGAAGAGUUUUUUCUCAGAUAAAAGAACCACCACAACUCGAGUUGGAUCAUAACUGCACUUUGAGAUGCACCAUUGCCACCGUAAUAUUACUGUCCUCAGUUUUAGGUACUGAAGAACUUAACAUUGACAACAUUCUAAAACCCUAUUCAUACUUGUUGGGAAAGAUGUACAGUGCAUAUCCCCAUGGGAGAGGACACCUUUUUUAUUUGUAAAGGUGGAAAAUUUUGGACCUUAAUGCAGCUAUUCAUAUGAAAUAUCUAACACCAAUGAUCUACUUUUUCUUGGUUUAUAUCUACUCUUCAUACACUAAACUUUGGUAUUCUGAUUCCUUUUAACCAUUUAAAAGUACUUUUCUUAAUAGGUAGUUGAUACUUUAAAAAAAAUCUUAGAUUUAUUGUUUGUGGGUAUUACAGAGGAAGAAAACUGCCUUUUAAUUGUUUAUAGUGAAUAAAGUUAUGUUUUUAAGAAAACCAAAUGUGAUUAACUGUAGCCAAGCCCUAUUCUGCACUGCUUAAUUUUACGGGGGAAAAUAAUCUACUAUAGAACUUUUAGUUAAUAGUGAUGCAAUUUUCAUUGCUAUAUCAUGAUAUAAUUUAUUUCUUGCUAGUUUGAAAACUGUACAGGUUUUUUUUCCCCAUUCUAUGAUUUCUAACUAGCUAUGUUAUCUGUUUAGAAGUGUUACCACCCCAUAGAAAAUAGCAUAAUAGACUUAAAAAUCAGAUUGUUGUAACUGUUAGGAUAAAGAAUAAUAUGAGACACUAUGGUAUGGUAAAUGAAGUAGAAACAUUUCUAGUGAAUUGUCUGUCAUUGCAUUCCCAGGGCUUUUAUAAAGAAGAGAAGACCUGAGUCUUAGAGCAUUCUGGUGCACUAGUUCUUGGUCACGUCAUUCCCAGAGUAGGUCAGCAGUUGUGAGCUCACUUAAGUGCCAUUUGUCUUAUCCUCAUGGUGUGAUGCACUGAGAGUUCAUUUUUAUCUCCCCAUUUUGUCUUCUUUCUGCAGUCUAAUUAGCAGUUCUACAAUCAAACAUUUAGAAUGCUAUGAAUGUUUCCUAUUUAAAGAUAUUUAGAAUUGGUUUGUACUGUUUGUGUCUUGUACCUUGUGUGGAUUAAACUGAUUGAAAUGAGAUUUUGAUCCAAGUAUUCAGAAUAGAAUUCAUAAUGAUGGGAAAUUGUAUAGGUAAGAAGGCUUUUCUGCUUUUUUAAAAAUUAAAAAACACAGCAGUUGCUUUUCAGCCAUGCCUCUCUUCAUUACAGGCAAUGAGAACUGAAUGAGUCUCCUGUUGUAGAGACGUUAGCAUAUGACACCAUAGGAUAAUGACUGCCUAGCAGCUCUAGUCACUUAACCAAUACUGACUAGAAGUUAACUAAGCCAUCUUAGAAUGUGCCCGGGCCUGCGCACACACUUCUGCAUGCAAGAGCAAAACGAAUUCAAGUUUUCUUGCGUACUCAUUUCAGAUGUCACAGAGUAGGAGUAAACACGCUUCCAACCUCUUAAAGACCAGAUCACUACUCCUUAGACAUUUACAAACAGAUUAAGAAGAGAAGUUUAAGAUUUUGCAGGUUUAUCCAUUUGAGUUCUUGUACUGAAGCCCUACGGCUUUUUAAAUGUUCCAUUUACUUAGUCGUGAAUGUUUUAAGCACCAAUGUUAAUGUAAUUGCUAAGCACGGGAGUAUGUAAAAUUCCAUGUCUGCUUGCUAGUAGACUCUGGAUGCUUACACUGUAAUUAAAUGGAGUCAGGUAUAGAUUUUGCCAGGUUUGGCAUAUAUGAUGCCCGCAUUUAAUCUGUGCCUCUCAAAACGUCCUGAUAGUAAACUAUUACUAUAAAUCAUUUUUUUGUGAGACUGUUGAGUCAAACUUGAAAUCACCAGUUACCCAGUGUCAGAAAUAGUAUGAAUUUAGUUUCAUCUCAGUAGCUGGCUAAAUUUUGACAGGUAUCUGUUCAACUGGUAUGAUUAUAUAAGGAAAUAGAUACCCACACAUAAAUGCCAUGUAAUGUUUUUCUUCCUUCUAUGAUAUAAUUGAAAGUUGGUCUUUUUUCUGUAAUUCUUACAUAAGUUGUUGCAGGAGUUUAAAUUUCCCAAAUAUUUUUGGUUGGUCAUAUGACUCAAUACAUAUUUGAAUAUCAUAAUUGUAUAUAUUUUUAAAGUAGAAUAAAUAAUGGAAAGCAACUUGAUACAUGAGUUUAUACUAAAAUUUCAACUGGGUAAAGGUAUGUUUUACAAUAUUGCUUUGCUAAUAAUCUAAACAUUCUUUUAUCUAUUUAAAAACAUAGUUUGUGGCUUACAGCUUUUCCUCUGAGCUCAAUAAUCACCUUUGAAAAUACAGUGGAUGAAAAGCAAUUUAUUGAAAGGUUUCAUUUAUAUCUCUGAACUAUCCAUUUUUUGUUUCAAUUUCUAAAUGUUAAAUUUAUGUUUAAAUAGAAUAAAGGUAACUGUGACUUUUCUUUUCAAAAAUUAGACAAGUUAAUAUAUAAAUAAUUCAAAGGAUUUUUGUUUACUUUGAAAAAGAAUUUUCUCUGAAUUAAAGAUGGUUCCACAGGAUUGCACCAAUCAGUUCCAUGUAAAAUAAAAAGGAAAAAAAUCAGCAAACUGACUUCACUUGUUUCUAUCAGGAUUUAAUUCUUUCUUAAACUCCUUAAAAAAAAACAUAGCUCAUCCUACUGUUUUAGAGUGGUCAGUGUUAACGUGUUAUAGUUUCGGGGCGUGAGGGGGAGUCAGUGUUUCAAGGGUGCAAAGUGUAUAGAAGCAAGCCAGGUGUGGUAGUGCACCCUUUAAUUCCAGCGCUGGGAGGCAGAGGCAGGCAGAGCUCUAUGAGGCCAGUUUGGUUUACAAAGUAGGUUCCAGGACAGCCAGAGAGCUACACAGAGAAAUGCGGUCUCAAAGAAAGAAGAUGGAAGAAAGGAAGGAAAAAAGAGACAGAAAAGGCACAGCUCAGUACUGUGUUGUAAUAAUAGUGUUUAUUUUCCAGUUCAUAACGAUGUGUGAGGAGGAAUUCACCAAAACAGAGUACUGUCUCAUUUCCUGUCCUUACUGUUUUUAAUGAAAAUGUUCAUGGAAGACAGUUAUACCAUUAGUUACUCCAAAAGAUUCUUAGUCGAUUUAGGUUGUUUAAAAUUUAGUGGUGUUGACUGGACUCCAGCCCUUCAUAGAGCAGUCAGAAGAGACAGCCUAAUUUCUGGGCAGAACUCUUCAAAAAGGGAAAAAUAGCCUGUACAGACUGGCAUUUCCUGAAUGCUUACACUGGGCAGGAGUGUGCUGUGUGUUCUGUGUUGACCGCAAGUGUCCUCUAGGAUCCUAUGAACUAGGAGUUUUAUUUCUAUUUUUAGGCAAGGCAUAGUAUAAUUUGAAUAAAAAUGCCCCCCCUUGGGGAAUGGUACCGUUAGGAGGUGUGCCCUUGUUGGAGUAGGCAUGGCCUUGGAAGAAAUGUGUCAUUUUUAGGUCUCAUGCUUAAGCCACACUUUCUCUUUCCGCUGUGUGCUGAUUUGAAAGAAGAGCUCUCAGCUCCUCCUCCAGCACCAUUUCUACCUGUGCGUUGCCGUGCUCCCCACCAUGAUGAUAGUAAACUAAAUCCUGAAACUAAGCCAGCCCCAAUUAAAUGUUUUCCUUUUUAAUA